GGUAGACCGAAUGAGAGGUGGGAGAGAGAGAGAGAGAGAGAGAGAGGGAGGAGGAUACACAGCUCUGCGGUGCUACAAGGACACUGAGCUUCUCAGAGAGAGAGACAGAAGAGAAAGACUUGAUUCUUAGCCUGAACGCCGUACGAUACGAACCUACAUCACCUUCUGACACACACAGCUGGCCAGCGGUCAACGAGCAGCACACACUCUACAGCAUCUACUUUAUCAGGAGCAUCUCUUCUUUCUUUUUUUGCUUUACAAAACAGGAUUGAUCAUCUGGUGACUAUUCACAAGAUUUUUUCCUUUUUUAGAAGCCCAGUAUAUGCAAGGAUUGUAUUUUUUGUGUGGAACAAAGAGCUCAGUUGUCUGUUCAUAUCUCUGUCUCGUGUCUGAAUGAGAGUGUAUGAGCGAGCAAACCUUGCUAAGCUUCAGGGUCACAACGUUGCUGGUUGAAAGUGAGCUCUCCUAAGCCACAGUGCUGUGUGAGAAGAGCCUGAGGCAGACGCAGAGGCAAAGGCAGAGGUAGAGUUUUGGAGAACAUAAGAACUGUCGUGUUAAGACGUGCCAUGAGUGAGUCCAAGAAGCAGGAGGUCGAGCUAAGGGAUAAAGCCAUCAUGCACCAGCAGAGGAGACUGAAACAGGCCACCCAGUUCACGCACAAGGACUCGGCUGACCUCCUGCCACUUGACGGUCUCAAGAGGCUGGGAACGUCCAAAGAUUUGCAACCACACAGCGUUGUGCAGCGGCGCCUCCUAGAGGGUAAUAUCUCUCGGCUGUGCGGGGAGGCACGAGACACCCUGUCCCGCGUCCGCUCACCUCUCGCUGAGAGCAAGGAAGGUGCUGAGGCAGAGGAGAGGAGCGAAAGCACCAUCGAUGACUCCACUGAAGAGAAAGAGUCACCAGAGGAGAGUGAGAGAAGUCUGCGGUCUGAGGAGGAGGAUGAGGAGGAUGAGCAGGCUGAUCGCAGGGAUGCUGUUGGAAAGGCAGGGCACAAGGAGGCAGGGAUGGACAGAGGAGAAGAAGGAGUGGGGGAGAAAGAGAGAACACCCUUCCUCUCAGCUUUGCAGGUGCAGUGUAAGUGUGGUGAUGCUGAGGUUAAAGUAUCCAUUAACACCGGCUGUCAGUUGAACCACAUCUCCAGUACAUGCUGCAGAAGGCUGGGCCUGAAAAUCAGUCCCAAGCCUGUCAGUGAAUCCAUGCCUAACGCUGUGACAUCCGUGCAGAUCCUGAUUGGUAGCGAAAGAGUGCAGUGUACUGCUCAGGUCAUAGAUGAUGAGGCGUCUGAGCUGUGCCUCGGCCUACAGACUCUGCUGGAGCUCAAAUGUUGCGUUGACCUGAACAGCAGAUUGCUCCGGCUGCACGGUACCGGCGAGGAGCUGCCCUUCCUGGAGACACCAACCCGCAGCCAGUGCCAUCACCGUGACAACAACAAAAACCUGUGAACCUUGACCUCACCCUCUAUCAAGCCCCCACUACACAUGAGUGGGAAUUUGGACCACAGCCAUCACACUCUUCCUUUUUACCUCUCCUUCUCUCACCCCAUUUUUUCCUCCGUACAACCUUUUGUGUUGGUUUGUGUGUGGAUUUUCAGCUGAAUCGUUGUUUCAGCUCUUUGUGCUCAAUUUGUGGUACGCUGAAUGAGAAGCUGAGAGAUAGAUCAUACCACAUUAAGACGGUUCAGCCAGAACAGUAAAUAAAACCUUAAAAUAUUAGCCAUAAAUACCUGUGAGUUAUUAAAGUACUACAAUAUCAAAUGUUCUCAAUUAAACUGAAGUAAAUGAAGGAUUCUGUGAAGAAGCACAGUCAUGACUUACCUUUCUCAUGUGUCACUAAAUGACCCUUUAGUUAUGAACCUAAACUCAACAAUAAAAAAAUCAUUUUUUGAAAUAAAAAUAAUUUAAGUUAAACUUUGUGUUAAAUGCAAAGCUAAACAUGCUAAAAAUAUAUAAUUAAUUAAUUAAAAUAAUAAAAAAAAACAAGUGAAAGUAUAUUUUCAUUUAUCAAGUAUUUCCUAUUAUAAUAUUAGAAUAAACCAAAUAUGUGAUUAUUUAAUCUGUUUCUAGACUUAUCUUUAAUCUUUAAAACUUAUCUUUAAAUCUACAUUUAAAAUGUAAAUUUUUAAAUCAGUUUGUUCUCUUGCCAGAUCAAUUUGAUUUUAAGCAUUUAUUUCUAAAAAGGAGCAAAAUGAAUAUGAAUGAUUUUAAUAAUCCAACAAUUUUAUUUGGUUUAUUGCAAACUAAUUCACAAUUAUUUCACUUACUAAAAUGUUUUUUUUUCCAAGAUUAAAAUCCAUAGCAGUUAACUGAUCCUGAUUCCUGUUAACUGACCGACGAUUGAAACAUUCCAGCCUUCUGCAAGAUUUUCUAGAUAUAUAGAUCUAUAAUCCCAGUUUUUUUUAUCUUUUGAAAUGCUCUUUAUAUAAACUGUGUGAGGGGUUCUGUAUUUCUGUGGCUGAUUUGAUGCUUUCUAACAGCUUGUGUUUAACCUAUUAGAUAAAAAUACAUAGAAAGCUGGUCCAAAAUAGAAACAAAAUAAAACAAAACCAAAAAAAAUUGAAGCAAGUCAUUUUUUAAACCCAAGGCUUUCCUUUGUCAUAGCUUCACUUCACUCCUGUCUUGCGUUAGUUUCAGCUCUUCAUGACUCGGCUUCCCAUAACUGCGAUAAGUGAUCUCCUGUGCCUAAUACUGCCAUUUUUGAGAUCAUUUAGUUCUUCACUGAAACUGAAGCGCUGUCAAACUGUCAAGCACUUGCCCCUGAUCUCUAUUAAAAUGUGUGAGUAAGUGAGAGGAGCGCUCAAUCUGCUAAUUAUUCUAUAUCACCGUCUCUGCUCUGUCAGAUCUCAGAUCAGAGAUUAAACCUGCUUUGAUUACACUCUGCCUCUCUGCCUCUGGGGUUUAAAAAAAUAUAUUUGUAUGCUAUAAAUGAAGGUGUAUGAAAGAGAUUAUUUUUGGCGUGUUUUUUCUUUUCUCUGUCUAAUAAAAAAUGUAUUCUGCCUAUGA